UGUCUCGUCGCUGUCUGUACAAAAGCAAGUGCCUCUCUGAAGUAACUCUCAAAAGCCACAUUUCUUCCAUGAGGUGCUCAAAAUCCUUCUUUCAAUUUACCUAAAAAGACAAGAACAUAAUUGCAAUGGAUAGGUCUUACAAUUCAACAUCAAACAGCACGAAUUUGCAGAAGCCAUUUCAGCUAGCACUGUGGUAUUCCAAUGCCUACACCUUGACGAUGAUAGUUCUUUAUUCCUUGAUCAUCAUUGCUGCUAUUCUUGGGAACAUUUUGGUCUGUAUAGCAGUCGUUAUCAACCCAAACCUUMGUAAAAACGUAUCGGUCUAUUUUGUAGUUUCUCUGGCUCUUACAGACAUUUCAACUGCCUGUUUUUCUAUGCCGUUUGACCUGGAGACGUUCAUAACGUAUGGAAAAUGGCGCCACAGUGAAGCUUUGUGCUCAAUUUGGACUACAGCCUAUUUGAUAACUGUACCUACAUCGAUUUGGACUCUCUUCGUACUGAGCAUUUCUCGGUAUAAGAUGCUUAAAAAUCCAUGGGAUCGAUUUAGAGAUUCACCACUGUUGACCCCUAAGAGAGCAAUAGUUGUGAUCAUGUUGUUGUGGGUUUUCUGUUUAGCCCUGGCUUUGAUCCCAAUCAUGGGAGUCAAGUACGUUGAAAACCCGCUCAUGUAUGGCUAUUGUAUUUUCAACAUCAGCCCAAUCUACGCAAAUGUUGUCUCAUUCUUAAGCUUUUAUUUUCCAAUGUUUGCAAUGUGUUAUAUUUAUUACAAAAUUUAUAUGAUUGCUCAAACACAAUACGUCAUUCCCACUGGCCUCAAGACGAAACCAAACAUAUCUGCCGUAGAGCGGGAGAUACCUUCACGAGGUUUUGUACAUGGCCUAGAAGAGGGACAUCAAAAUGACUCUAAAACCUCUAGCAAGACCAGUUUAGUUUUGGCUGUAGGCAAUACUCAAAUUGUAGAUAACCAAGGGUUAGAGGGGAAUCAUAAAGACAAAAAGGGCAUCGCAACAAUCAAUGAUGGAACUACUGAAGGAAUGGAAAAUACUUGUGCAGACAGCGGUUAUUAUUCGUGGAAGAAACAUGAGGAAAGGGAUGCGAAAAAGCUUGACAAAAAUAACAAGAGCAUGGUCAACUGGAGAGAAGAACAAGAAAAUCAAAGCAAACUAACACAAACGAACGAUGGUAAGCUCAGAUGUUCGUCACUUCACCAGAACACAAGUACUAACUUUCUGUGUGAUGUGGGAGGAGAUAACGAUCAUUUUACAAGAGGUCAAACUAACUCCAAACUACGCAAUGCAACGCCUGAUCGGAGCUUUGAUUUCCCCAUUAUAAAUGAUGGUGUCAUACGAGGAACAGCUUCUACAAAUAAACAAUUCGUAGAUAUUAGAGCGCCAGUACUUGCUGUUAAUAUGAUAGCACCUUCGACGUCUGGCACAAAUAGGCGUGAAUCAAACCAAAUAACUGUUCGCUCAUUGGAUGAAUGUGUUUCUGAAGCAUCCAAUAACAUCUCAGAGCUCAUUAUUCCAUGUUCAUCACACUCAAAAUGCGAAUCAAAAUUGGAUGAAGGCUUCGUUCAAGAGGGACACCGUAGCUCGUGUGCUGCGUCAGAGAACAAUCUAUGUUCUUCCGAUAAAGAUUUGGAUAAAGAAUUAACCAAAAAACGAAAAAUCUUCGUUAAGAACAAGAAAGCUGCUCGCACGAUUGCAGUAAUUGUGGGCGCUUUUCUUUUAUGCUGGAUUCCAUUUACCACACACAGUGUCAUCUUGAACUUCUGUACAGAGUGCUUCAACCAGGCUAAUUACAAAACCUCUCAGAUUCUGCUUGUCUUUGGCUAUCUAAACUCGGCCAUGAAUCCAAUAAUCUUCAGCUAUAAAGACGAACAGUUCUUGAAAUCCUUUCGGAAAAUUAUCAAAAUCUUAUUUCCCUGCUCAAGAUAUUGCCACUGAUAGACCAUUGACAAAAUUAUAUUUAAUAUAAAAUCCUCCAUGAAAUAUCCUCUAUAUUUCUCUCAACAAAGCAAAACAAAAAACGAAAAAACAAACAAAAAACAAAAAUAAAUGAAAAAUUGAUUUAUCUUCGGCAUAUAUCAACGUACUGCAUGAUAAAAAGUGAAGCGGUAUUUAACUCGUGUAAUAACAUACAUGAAAACAUUACUCAAUUCUACCUAUGAUUCUAUUUGGCUUAAAGCAUUGUUGUUCAAGCAUAAUACAGUGCAAAAAUGUAAAAUUCAAGUGCAGAGAAGUGUAAUACAGUACAGAAAGUGUAACACAGUGCAAAUUACAAAUGGAAUUCUCGCUUUUGAUUGGAUAAUAAGCAAUAGAAAAUUAUUUUAGCCAUGAAAGGUUAUUGUGAAGAAAAAUUAGAGGAAAAUUUGAAGCAAAUCAAGGGAAAGAUUUUACGGAUGUUACUAUCAAACAACUAAAAAAAACAGUUCAAAACAAAAAAACAAAAAAAAAAAAA